AUGGCUAUGGCCUAUUUGUUACGGAAAGAACAAGAGACGUACUACCAUGCGGAGAUAACCGCACUAAAAAAUGGAAAGAAUUUACCAGACAAAUCCAGUUUAUCGAGUCUCAAACCAGUUUUAGAUAGUACAGGAAUUUUGAGAGUAGGUGGACGUUUGGACAGGAGUGAUGCACCAUACGAGAUGCGCCAUCCGCCCAUUAUACCAAACGGCUCGAGAUUGGCUUGGCUAAUCAUAAACUAUACACAUUGUAUCACCAUACACGGUGGAGUACAGGUUAUGAUGCAAUAUAUUCGUCAGCGGUACUGGAUUCCGAAACUACGCAGCGAAUUAAGAAGUUUCAUACACAAAUGUGUCACCUGUGCACGUUAUAGUCAGAAGUUAGAAGGUCAGUUAAUGUCAGAGCUACCAGCAGAUAGAGUACAGGUAGGAAAGCCAUUCCUUAACACAGGUGUCGAUUACGCAGGUCCGUUUGAAUUAAAAAUGAUUGAUAAGGAAGGCAAAGAUGUUAUUAAAAGGAAGUGCUGGAUAGCAGUGUUUGUUUGUUUAAAAACACGCGCAAUUCAUUUGGACAUCAUCACUGACCUGACUACAAUAGCAUUCAUCGCAUGCUAUGAACGAUUCAUAGGUAGACGAGGCAGGUGUCUGAGGAUGUACAGCGACAACGGAACAUAUUUUGUUGGUGCGGAAAAAGAGUUAAAGAAAGCCAUAGAGAAAUGGACAGGUAAACCGGCAAUGGACCACCUAUGUCAGAAGGGUACAGAAUGGCACUUCAUGGUUCCUGCAGCUCCACAUCAAGGAGGAAUCUACGAAGCCGCUGUAAAAUCAAUGAAAUACCAUCUGAAAAGGGUUGUAGGUAUCAAAUCAUUGCCUUUCGAACAGUUCAGUACAUUAUUAACCCAGAUUGAGGCGGUUUUGAACUCUCGUCCGAUUCAUCCGUUGAGUGAUGAUCCUUCAGAUGUACAGGCACUCACACCAGGACAUUUCUUAGUGGGCGAACCGUUGAUUUGUCCGUUACCUUUUGCUACACCUACUCAACCAAAUAGUAUAGGAGCCAAGUUAUGGAGAGAGCGUCAAACAAUGUUCAAGCACUUCUGGGACAGAUGGCAUACCGAGUACUUAACCACGUUACAGGAAAGGAAGAAAUGGCGUAGAGAAAAGGAACCAUUACGGGUAGGCCACGUCUAUCCGAACAUUUGGUUCUUCGAAUCGGAGUUGAUAAAUAAUGACCUGUGGCUACAUGGACCGGUAUGGCUGAGUCGACAACGUACAGAAUGGCCAACGUUUAAUCCAUUAAUUAGAGAGCCACCAGAGGUACAUGAUGAAUUAAAG